CGGUUCUAUUUUGGUGUGACAUCCAUUUUCAAAAUGACGUCCGCCACCGGUGCGGCGGGUAAAAUAUUUCAGUUUCAGGACGUAAAGUUUUCACCCGACGCCCUGUUCGAGGUGAAGCCGGAAUGUCUCCAGCCUUCGCCGGCUCCGAUAGUGGUGGAUAACGGCUCGUUCCAGACCCGAGCAGGCUGGGCGUGUAGCGGAGCAGAGCUCAGCGGCCCGAGCGUGCUGUUCAGAUCAGUAGCGGCGAGGAGCAGAGGGGCGGCCAGGAGCGAGACACAGGUGGGCAACGACAUUCCCAACCUGGAACCGCUCCGCUGGCUCCUCAAGAGUCAGUUCGACCGCAAUGUUGUAGUCAAUUUUGAGAUACAGGAACUCAUGCUCGACUACAUCUUCGUUCACCUCGGGAUUGGAACAGAGGGUCAUGUGGAGCACCCACUGGUCCUCACAGAGGCUCCAUGCAACCCACUUCAUUGCAGGCAGAUGAUGUCAGAGCUGCUGUUUGAAUGUUAUGGUGUCCCACAGGUGGCAUAUGGUGUUGAUAGCUUAUUCAGUUUCUACAGCAACAAUACACAGUGCGGACUGAAACCACCACACACUGGUUUGGUGAUAUCAUCUGGAUAUCACUGCUCUCAUGUGUUACCAUUCAUCAAUGGCAGACUGGAUGCUUUUAACUGUAAGCGGAUCAACAUUGGGGGUAGUCACACAGCAGCUUACAUGCAAAGACUUCUACAGCUGAAAUAUCCUGCUCACCAGGCAGCCAUCACACCCAGCCGCAUGGAGGAGCUGCUGCACCAUCACUGCUAUGUUGCUGUGGAUUACCAGCAGGAGCUUGAGAAGUGGCGGAGUGCAGAAUUCUACGAGGAAGAGGUUCACCGCAUGCAGUUACCGUUCUCCGGGAAGGUUGCAGGUGCGUUUGCGAGUGUGGAGGAGAGGCAGGAGAAACGAGUGCAGCAAUUGCGGAGGUUAGAGGAGCUUAACAAUCGGCAUAGAGAAGAGAAACUGCAGCAAGAUCAGGAGAAACUGGACACAUUGCUUGCAGUGCAGGAGCUGCUGGAAGAAGGCGCAGUGGAGCAGUUUCACAGGCGUCUGAUGGAGCUGAACAUGGACUCCGCUGAGGAACUGCAGUCGUACAUCCACAAACUCAGCCUGAGUGUGGAGCAACACAGGCUAGCCAGAGCAGAGAUCAUAGAGCUGGAGCAGCCUAUGGAUGAAGGUGAUGGAGUGAAUCAGAUUGAAGCUGAUUUAGGAGAUGAGAGCACAGAGCCUGAAAAAGCUGGAAAUAUCCAGCCAGUGUUUAACAUGGCAGAGUACCACCAGCUCUUUGUGGGAACUGAGAGACUGCGUGCCCCAGAAGUUCUGUUUCGCCCUUCUCUGAUUGGUGAAGAGCAGAUGGGACUUAUUGAGACGCUACAGUUUGUACUGGAACAGUACUCUCCAGAGCAACAGGCCAUGCUGGCUGAGAAUGUGUUUCUGACUGGAGGGAAUCUGCUGUAUCCUGGAGUCAAGGACAGAGUGGAGAGAGAACUGCUCGCUAUGAGGCCCUUCCAGUCACACUUUAAGGUCUCUCUGACAUCUCACCCGGCUUUGGAUGCAUGGUUUGGAGCACGGGAUUGGGCUUUGAGGAACCCAGUUGGAUCUGAAGGUUGGAUCAACAGGCAGGACUAUGAAGAAAAAGGAGGAGAGUACCUGAGUGAGCACUGGGCCUCCAACAUCUUCAUCCCCAUGAGGAUCAGUAAACCAACCCAACGUGCCAAUGAAGUAUCACUGUCCUCCACAGAACAGUCACAGGACGUUAACACAGCUACAAGCUUGGACAUUGAUGUUAUCCCUGAUUCAGACGGUGGGACUUUAGAGGCCUUGAUGUCUUAAUAGAGUGAUUGCGUAUCACGUCACAUUUCACCACAUUACAUACUUUGAUAAAGGAGCUACGCAUGCUUUAAAAGUAUUGAAGCAAGAUUUUUCUUUUGUAGAGUAGCAGCCUACACAUCUCUGAAAACAAAUUUCAUUUCAGCACCUACAGUUCUGAACAAUUCAGGCAAAAGCAGAGUGAGUGCAAGCAUUAGAGGUGGGGUCCAUAGUAACACAUGGAUGGCUAAUUGUAACAGUCUGGUAAAAUUAUGCAAAAUAUAAUUCAUUCAGUACUGUUCUUAGUUUUACGUUAUUUGAACCAGACAGGCUUCCAAAUUUAAACACAUAAUAUAUGUUCUUCAAAACAAACAUGAAGAGUGAAAAGAGUGUAGGUCAAGCAUGGCAUUUUCUAUUUUUGGCCACAUAGUAAAAGAGCAAAUAUUAUCGUUGUAAAAUUGAAAUGCAUAUUUUUACAUUACAUCUAGAGUACAUUAUUUAUGCACAAAAAAUGUUCACAAUAACAGACUGCUUUGAAUUUAGAUGGGGGCAUGUGCAUUGCAACUAACCCAGCAUGUGGAAGCUGUACUUUGCUUCCCUAGCUCUCACAGUGAUUUACAUACUUCAAAUUCUGUGACUUUACAACUCUGUUAUAAAACAUGAAUGAAAAAUUGUUACUUUAGGAUGGAUCAUCUCCUUCCUGCCCGGUAAGCAGGUUAUAUUUCCGAUGCAGUAAGCCAACUUUGCACUAAGGUUGUUGCCCAGAAAAAUAAAGAUUAUAAUUCCAUAUUUUCACUCAUAUCAAUUUUUUAUUUUGCUUCCAUUUUAUCUGUACUUAGAAAGCCAAGUAGCUCCUUUAACCUCUUACACUUUAACAUGCACUCACCGUACUCAUGCAUACACCAGAACUCCGAUGCUUUUUCAGUUAACUUUUAAUGAUUCUUCUAUCUGGUUCAGGCUUCUAUUUGGACCAUUCCCGGUUUAAAUGUGGACAGUAUAUCUUGUGUGUGUAUAUAAUAAUUAUUGGACACAUUUUUGUUUUUCAUUAUGCCUUUUUUAGUGUAGUAUAAAAAACUAAACCUGGAAGUUCUUGUGAAAAAUAAAAUGCAUUUUUACUAGCUA